GUCAAAUGUCAUUACGUUAAUGUCAAAGUCACAUUUUCAAUUCUCAAAUUCUGUACCGUGCCGCCAUGUGGUUGUAAUAUUAGUAAAUAAUUUCAGUUUAAUGCAUUUCUAAUCAACAAAAAUGCAGCAAGCACAUCGUGCAGGAAAUCUAAAGCAGAGCAAUAAGGCUCACAAAUCACGUCAUCGUUCCAAACGUGGUAUUUCAGCGGCAGUAAAAGGUAAAGUGAAUGUUAAGGAGUUUGUAAGGCGUAAUCGUCAUAUUUUGAAGAAAGAAGAGCGUCGUCAUCAGGCUCUUCAAAUCAGAAAGAAUAAACGUGAGGAGUUGGACGUAAAUUCUGCUCUUGUUAUACUGAAGACAUGUUCAGAAGGAGCUGUUAUUACUCAGUCUUCUAAAGGAAUCCUUCACAUUGGCCCAGAAGUGAACAAUGACUUUGCCCUAUUGGAUGCUCUCAAAGUUGCAGACACAGCUCUCUUUAUCACCUCAGCACUUGACGAGCCAGUUGAUGAAUGGGGAGAGAAAGUCCUAGCUUUAUCUAUGGCCCAAGGCAUGCCCACACCAAUAGUAGCCACAAUGGACAUUGAAGGAGUACAUCCCAAAAAGCGUACAACUGAAAAACAAAAUGUACAGAAACUUGUUUCAAAAUGGCUUCCAGAAGAAAAAGUUAUGCAGCUAGAUAAAAGUUCAGAUGGACUAAAUCUAUUACGUAGAAUUGGUAACCAGAACGUAAUAUCAUCCAUCACAGAGAAAAGACCGUAUAUGUUAGCUGAAGAGGUUGAAUUUGUUCCUGAUAGUGAAGUGCAUAUAACUGGACUGGGAGAUUUCCAGAUGUCAAGGAUCGAUGGCCUAGAAGACCCACAUCCUUUGAACUUGGGUAAGGAGAACACAAAAUCAGAUGACACUAUGGAAGCUGAAGUUACUAAGAUCUCAGUGCUCCAAGUUGCUGAUCCAGCUAAACAGGAAAGUCUGGUCUCAGAGAAUGUUCCCAAUCCUAUGGAAGCUGAACAGACAUGGCCUACUGAAGAAGAAAUUGAACAAGCAAAUUUAGAGACUAAAUUAAAAAAAGUGAAGAAGGUUCCAAAAGGUUGGUCGGAUUACCAAGCAGCUUGGAUUGUUGAAUCUGACGCUGAAGGCGAUGAGGAAGACGACGACAGUGAGAGCGACGGACAAGAUGAAGAUGACGAAUUCAUGUCUUGUGAGGAAGAUGAAUCUGAUCAAGAACAGAACGCAGAGGACAAUGACUUCGAGUCUGUGACAGAAUCAGAAGUAGGACCCACAGAUGAAAAGUAUGAUGCUACUAUAGAUGCUUAUGAAGAACAUGAGAUGCUGCAAAAGCUUGCAGCAGCUAAGGAAGACCAGCAGUUCCCUGAUGAAGUAGACACUCCUCAAGAUGUGCCAGCAAGGGAAAGGUUCAUGAGAUACAGAGGAUUGGAGUCAUUUAGAACCUCUUCAUGGGAUCCUAAAGAAAAUCUGCCAGAAGAUUAUGCUAGGAUAUUCCAGUUUGAGAACUAUGAUAGAACUAGGAGGAGGGUUUUCAAGGAGUUGGAAGAUAGCUUGGUUAACAUGUACGGUUUCUACAUCACAAUCCAUGUGAAGGGUGUUCGCCAAGAUCUAUGGAAAACUUUCCACGCUUCAAAUGGUGAUGCUCCUCUUGCAGUCUUUGGUCUAUUACCUCAUGAGCAUAAGAUGUCUGUCAUGAACGUAGCUCUGAAGCGUACAGGAGCCAGUGACGAGCCAAUUAAGAGUAAAGAGAAGUUGAUCUUCCAAGUUGGGUACAGGAGGUUCAUUGUUAACCCUAUAUUCAGCCAGCAUACUAAUGGCGCUAAGCAUAAGUAUGAAAGAUUCUUCCAACCAGCGUCCACCUGCGUCGCUUCUUUCUAUGCGCCGAUACAGUUUAGUCCGUCUUCAGUUCUCUGUUUUAAGGAAAAGAAGAACACGAACCUACAGUUAUUAGCUACAGGAGUAUUAUUGUCUUGCAACCCUGACAGGCUGAUCAUCAAGAGGAUUGUGCUGUCCGGUCAUCCAUACAAGGUUCAUAAGAAGUCAGCAGUUAUAAGGUUCAUGUUCUUCAACCGUGAUGACGUCAUCUACUUCAAACCUUGCAAGCUUAGGACGAAGUACGGACGCACGGGACACAUAAAGGAAGCUUUAGGUACUCACGGCCACAUGAAAUGUGUGUUCGACGGUCAGCUGAAGUCUCAAGACACAGUGUUAUUGAAUCUAUACAAACGCAUGUUCCCUAAGUGGACGUAUGAAAACUGUAUUGUUACUGAUAGAGAUGCUAAGGAUACAGAGACAGACAUGAUGGACUAGAUCUUAAACAUGUAGAAUGUAAAUAAACAUCAAAAUAUCUAAAAAAA